CAGGACAGCACUGAUGGCUUGGGCACCACCACCUCCAUUUUGUUCACCUGGCCCCAUGAAAACACUUCAGUUUGCUGCCAGGCCCUGCAAUGGUCAUCUUUCUGGAUAAAGCUGACCUUCAGGACUUUCGCCUGGCCUGGUCUGGGCUUGGAGGACCAUCAGGAAAUUGUUCUAGGCCAGUUGGUGCUUCUGGAGCCCAAGGAGGCCAAGCCAGAAGAUCCUGCUCCACCCCCUGGGCAACACGCAUUAACAAUGCUGGCCCUGGAGCCAGCACCACCACUGCUGGUGGACCUGCGGCCUGCUCUGGAGUCAGAGUCACAUGCAACCCUGGAUGCACCAGGAUAUCUACAUUCAGCACCAGCACCAGCAUCAGCACCAGCACCAGGGAAAGGGCCCCCUCCAGGAACAUUGCUGGAGCUGCAGUCAGCCCCAGAAUCCUCCUGUCCCUGUCCCGGGACUGCCAAGAGUCAACUCAGUGACGAGCUGGCUGACAUCACGACCUUCCCUCCCAGGCUGCUGGCAGAGCAGCUGACCCUCAUGGAUGUGGCACUGUUCAAGAAGGUGGAGUUCUACGAAUGCGUGGGCUCCAUCUGGGGCCAACGACAUCAGAAGGGGAGUGAGCACGUGGCACCCACAGUUUGUGCCACCACUGCACACUUCAACAGGCUCACCAACUGUGUCACCACCCCCUGCCUUGGGGACCACAGCAUGAGGGCCCGGGACAGGGACAGGGUGGUGGAGCACUGGAUCAAGGUGGCCAGGGAGUGCCUAAGGCUCAACAACUUCUCCUCAGUGCACGCCAUCAUCUCUGCUCUGUGCAGCAACCCAAUACAUCGGCUACACAAGACAUGGGCAGGAAUCAAAAGCACAAAAUAUUUAAAAGAACUUUGCAAAAAAGACACUGCAGUGAAGACGGACCUGCUGAUCAAGACGGGCAGCUUUAAGGUGGCCACCCAGGAGAGGAAUCCCUAGAGAGCCUAGAUGAGGCUGCGGAGGCAGAAGAAGGGCGUGGUCCCCUUCCUGGGGGAUUUUCUGACUGAGUUACAGAGGUUGGAUUCAGCCAUCCCGGAUGAUCUGGAUGGCAACACCAACAAGAGGAGGAAGGAGGUCCGAGUUCUGCAGGAAAUGCAGCUGCUCCAAGUGGCUGCCAUGAAU